UGAACGUCACUUCAAGUUAAAGUCAUUUGUAUUCUGGCGUUAUUAAUAAAUUCUUGUUAAGACAAUGUCUGCGACAGUUAAGAUACCUUACCAAAAAGGGACCAUCAUAGGAAUUGUCUGCAAUACCAUUUCAAGUAAAAAAUAUUACAGCUUUCACGGAAUCCCAUACGCCGAACCUCCUGUAGGAGAAUUAAGAUUCAAAGCUCCCGUGCCCAUCAAGAAAUGCAAAGGAAUUUUGGAUGCUACUAAAGAGGCGCCGCAAUGUUAUCAAAGGCACAUGAUUCGUUUUGAGGAGGGUAAUGGAGAUGAGGACUGCUUAUAUUUGAAUGUCUACACGCCGCAGAUAAAUUCGGAAAACGCACCUUUGCCCGUAAUGGUAUGGAUUCAUGGUGGAGCAUUUGUUUGUGGAUCAAGUAAAAUAGAACUAUGCGGCCCAACAUUAUUGAUGGAACAGGAUGUUGUGCUGGUAACGUUCAAUUACCGACUUGGAAUGCUAGGCUUCAUGAGUUUUGAAAAUGCCGCCUUGGAGGUUCCGGGUAACGCAGGUUUAAAAGAUCAAGCCUUGGUAUUAGAUUGGGUGCGGCGUAACAUCAAAUAUUUUAAUGGCGAUAAAGAUAAUGUAACUUUGUUCGGUCAUGACGCUGGAGCUGCAAGUGUGCACCUUCACAUACUCUCACCAAUGUCGAAAGGUUUGUUUCACAAGGUGAUCUUGCAAAGUGGAUGUGCUUUGAAUCCUUGGGUUAAUGGAGUUGAGAACACUGGGAAAAUGAUGGGACAAGUGCUUGGAAUUGCUGGAAGUGACGAAGAGAUAUUAACAGAGUUGAGAAAACUUAGCGUCGAACUCAUUUUCAUGGCUCAAGAACAGCUAACUAACGAUAACUCUGUCAAUACUAAAUGGUUUUGCAGUCCAAUUGUUGAAAAACAAAAGUUCCCUGCACCCUUUUUACCUGACGAACCCGUAAACAUUAUACGAAAAGGUUGCUACGCAAAAGUACCCAUGAUUAUUGGGUACGCUGUUCGCGAAGGUAUCUACUGGGACCUACAAAACAUACAAAUGACAGGAAAACGUAAAGUAAUAACUGAUUUCACCAAAGUCAUACCAAAUAAUGUGAAUUGUAACAAGAACAGUCUACUUAGCAAAACCAUCGCCAACAAAAUUAAAGACUUUUACUAUGGACCACGCCUGAGCCAAACGCGAAUGGGACGGUACCCAAGACUUCGGACUAUGGGCCCUCUUUAUGAGCUGUUAACUGACGUAUUUAUCUUAAGGGGAGUAUUUGCGACGAUUAAAAAUCACCUUGAAAUGGAUCAUAGAAUCCCGAUUUAUUAUUACAAAUUUACUAUUGUGAGCGAUUUAAAUGCGUUCAAGAAAAUGUUGCCAAAAAUUUUCCAACGCCAAUACUCAGGUGCCAUUCACGGUGAUGACCUCAGCUAUUUCUUCCACACGUAUCUGACUCCAUCAUUCGAUUAUGAAAGUCGAGAGCAAGUCGCUGUCCGAAGGAUUGUGGGCAUGUGGACCAACUUUGCUAGGAGUGGAAAUCCAAAUGAUGAAUUUGGUACGCAAUGGCUACCAGCGACCAAAGGCAACUUUCAGUGUCUAAAUAUAUCGGAAGAAUUAAAAGUUGAGUACAACCCCGACAUGGAUAGAAUGCACUUUUGGAGAGAGAUUUAUGGUAAUGAUAAGCGUACCAAGUAUUUAUAAAGUUUGGAAUCACAAUAAAUGCGACACUUUUCUUUUCUUUUUAA